AUGGAGACUGGAUUUGUCCCCCUCUCUCUCUCUGUUUCUCCUUCUCUCUCUCUCUCUCUCUCUCUCUCUCUCUCUCUCUCUCUCUCCUUUUCUCGUUAUCUAACACUCCAAUCAAGGAGCCCAGAUUUUGUCUUCUCUCCGUUUCUCUCUCCCUUCCACUCUCUCUCUCUCUCCCCUCUCUCUCUAUGGGAUUCUCCCACCUCUCUAUCUUUCUCUCUCUCGUUAUCUCACACUCCGAACAAAUAUCCCGGAUUUUCUUCUCUCUCCGUUUCUCUCCUUCUUUCUCUCUCUCUCUUUCUCUCUGCUCUCCACCCCUCUCUCUCUUUCUCUCUCUCUAUUUCUCUCUCUGUCUCCCCCCCCACUAUCUCAAUAAUGAGACCGGAUUUAUUUCCCCCCCUCUCUGUUUCUUCACCUCACUCGCUCUGUUUCUCUCUGUGUCUCUGUCCAUCCCACACUCUCAAUAAGGAGCCCGUAUUUUUUCAUCUCUCUCUCUCUCUCUCUCUCUCUCUCUCUCUCUCUCUCUCUGUCCAUCCGACCUCCCAAUAA